AGUGACCCUGGCGUGCGGGCAGGGCACAAAGACGCAGGCCUCUCUGCUGGGUGCCGACCAUAGACAGAACUGAAGAGUGUGCCGUCUGAACAAUGCCCAAGCCGGUCUCCAUUUCCAAGCAGCUUAUGUCGAUCAAAGCCUUCAAUAAAGGAACAGAUCUGGAAAAGGCGAUGACGACUGCUGCGCUGGUGUUUUAUAAUGCCACGGGACCCGAUGGCAAGCUGAGUGGAGCGCAGGCUAAGGAGCUGCUGCUGACCCAGUUUCAGGUUUUUACUUUGGGACAGGAGAACAAGCCAAAAUAUAAAGAAAUCCUUGCAGACCUCGAAGAAAAAGAAAAUACUCUGGACAUGGAAGACUUCAUGGUUUUGCUAAUCAGCAUCAUGGUCAUGUCAGACAUGAUGCAGCAGAUCCAGGCUGUGAAAGUGGUCGGCUGAUGAGCAGACCAGCCCGGUCCUUUGGUCACCUUGCUUCAAAUCUCGUCCUUGUUUUGUGAGAAAUGUUAGACAUGCUUAUCUGUCACCGAUUUCCUCACUGCUGACCAUUGAUGAGGUUUUACUUUGUUAAUAAUUUGCUUUAAUCUC